GCCAUUAGCCUUGACGUUAGCUGAAGACUAAAGCUAGCUGCCUCGCUCGCUGCUCACCGGAGGCUUCACUAAAAGAAGCCUGCGCUCGCCUAAAGGACGACCUAAAUAUCACAAAAUUUGAGCGAUUUUACCGAAAAGCAAGGCAUUUUGUGCUCAUAAAGGGUCGCGUGGUCCCAAUGAGCUGCAGCAGGGAGAUGAAACUGAAAAUCACAUUCAUGGUGACAUAAAAAAAUAAAAAUUUAAAAAUCUCAGGCCAAAAGGUGAAGGUCCGAGACCCCAGGCCAAAGUCAGCCCCAGCCCACAGUGUCAGACACAACAGACGACUGCCCUGCACACAGACGCUAUGGAGUCCCCUACUGACCCCGGCAGCCGUUCGACCGCCGCCAGCCUGAUGGCCGCCAGCAACGUGACAAACAAGACAGAUCCGCGCUCGCUCAACUCGCGUGUGUUCAUCGGCAACCUCAACACCCUGCUGGUGACCAAGGCCGACGUGGAGGCCAUCUUCGCCAAGUAUGGCAAGAUUGUGGGCUGCUCCGUGCACAAGGGCUACGCUUUUGUGCAGUACGCCAAUGAGCGCAACGCCCGCUCUGCCGUCGCCGGCGAGGAUGGCCGGAUGAUUGUCGGCCAAGUGCUCGACAUUAACCUUGCCGGGGAGCCCAAACCGCAUCGUUCCAAAACCACCAAACGUUCAGCUGGAGACAUGUACAGCAGUUCCUCCUUUGAACUGGACUAUGAUUUCCAGAGAGAUUACUACGACAGAAUGUACUCCUACCCGUCCCGUGUGCCCGCCCCACCUCCGCCACUGUCCCGCGCCGUCAUCCCGUCCAAGCGCCCGCGGGUCAGCCUCAGUGGUGGCGGCGGCGGUGGUGGCGGUGGUGGCGGUGGUGGUGGAGGAGGAGGAGGAGGAGGAGGAGGAGGUGGAGGAGGAGGAAGCAGCCGGCGCACCAAGAGCAGCUUCUCUUCGUCCUCCAAGAGCAGCCAGAGGGCUUACUCAUCUAGAAGUAUAAAAGUCGACGAGCUGCAGACCAUCAAACGCGAGUUGACUCAAAUUAAGAGCAAAGUGGACGACCUCCUGGAAAGCCUGGAGCGCAUGGAGAAGGACCACAGCAAGAAGUCAGAGUCCAAAGGCAUUAAGCCCGAGCCAGGCGAGGUGACCUCUCCGCCUCACCCAGGCAGCAAGAAAGACGAGGCCCUGAAGCGGGAGCGGGACAGCCAGGGGCUGAAUGACACUGACGAGGAAGAGGAGGAGGAAGACGAGGAGGAGGAUGAGGAUGAGGAGGAUGAAGAGACGGACCACCUGGAGGAAGAGGAAGAGGUGAAGAGCCAAGAGCAGGAGGAGGAGGAGGAAGAAGGCGAGCACGUAGAAGGGGAUGACGACGGCGACAGCAUCAAUGGCGAAGACGACUCGUAGGCCGCCGAGCCGCCCCACCCCACCAACCGCGCCGCACCUCGCUGCGGUAGAACGCUAAUAGUAGGAACCCGGACUUCAGUUUUAUCAUGUGACAACAACGAUUUCAAAAAAAGCUGACGUGCACGUAAAGGAGCAUGGCGUGCAAGCGCACACGCAGUUGUUGUGUUCAUUUGUGACUUGCUGUGUAGCCUCUUUUAGCACGUCGCAACUGCCUACAUGUUUGCGCGUUCGUGGUGUUUUUCCUUUUAGCUCUCGUAGACUCGUUUGUUGGCUUCCCUCGUCGUCUGUCUGUCGGUGGCUUUCACCUCCUUGCGUGUCCGUUUUUUUAAAAAUACUAUUCAACUUCUGUUUUACUGUAAAGGAAUAAAUUGCAAUAAAAUAUUAAAAUGCCAUGACGGCUUUUUGCAUAAUUAAUUGACAAGGAAAUGAGGCCCUCCCUCGCAGGCAACGAAUCGUCAGCCGCAGGUGCCACUAACCUUAACCUUGAAGACUUGGCGUUCCACUGUGAGGCGAGGCCACGCACGGCACCGCGCUCUUCAACGCCUUCCUUGAAUUUAAUUGCGGCAGAAUUAUACAAGCAUUGUUUGUUUAGAGUUCUGCGUUUGGUGCCCAGUUGUGAAACUCGGCUGUCGUGCACAUGCCGUGGGCAAUGGUAGCAACUCAACUUGAUGAGGUGAGUACGAAUGGUACAAAAUCUCCCAGUCUUUAUUUGAAGAUCCCCAAAUUGAUCAAAUGAGCCUAAAAUGGCUACUUUAAACCAAAUGAGCAUACUUGGGCUGUCUUUUUGGCCAGGUUUAUGCUGGAUGUUCCAGAAUAAAGGGAAAAGCCUACAAAUCAAAACUGAAUAGCUCCUGACAAGAAAAACUCAUUGUUCUGUGUAGAUGGUUCAGCAGAGCGCAUUUUGGGCAUAUGUGUCUUAAGUAAUUGCGUAAUGAAAUAUUUCCCGCUGUUUGGAUAAAAUUGCCUCCAAACAGGGCCAGAACAGGACUCAUAGUUUCAACUUUAUUGGUGCACAUUUUUAGAUAGGCAUAAAUAAUUUACAUUGCUGACACGUAACAAAGACGCACAAGAAAUAAUUAUGAUCAGGGCUGGGUUUCUAACUCAAACAGUUCCAACUCGUCAGACUAGACGAGUCUAUUGAUCUGCCUUCAUGGCGCGGCUCCCCGUCACACCAGUCACGCGGGCUGUCAAAGUGCCGGGCAA